AAUAUUCAGUAAAUAAUGUUUAUCAUCAUGAUUUAUCAUUUUAAGAACAUGAAAAUAAAUAAUUUUACGGAUUCAUAACAACCACUCAGUGGAUAUAUGGCAAUCAAAAGUUACUGUUUUAGUCAACAUAAAGUUGUGGUGCAUAAUUGAAAGUUUGUGAAAUUGCGAUGGUUUUAAUCACAGAUAAUUUACUGUAUGACGCAUUAGCGUUACUAGCGACAUUGGUGGUUGCAUUCAUUUUAUACGCGAAAUGGACUUAUUCGUACUUUACAAGAAAAGGCUUAUAUCAGGACCAACCCACUAUCCCUAUAGGGAAUGCUCUGAAAGUGUUCAAGGGUGAACAAAUUUUUGGUGAAUUAUGGAGAGAUUUAUAUAACACACUGAAGUCUAAAAAUUUAAGACAUGGCGGAGGGUAUUUUAUGAUAAAUAAAUUUUACGUUCCAGCUGAUUUAGACAUAGUUAAAUCAAUAUUAGUAACCGAUUUCCAAAACUUCAUAGACCACGGCAUGUAUAUUAAUGAAAAAGAUGAUCCAGUUAGUGCCAAUCUGUUCGGAAUAGCUGGACCAAAGUGGAAAAGUAUGAGAGCUAAAUUGACCCCAACGUUUACGUCAGGAAAAAUGAAAAUGAUGUUUGACACUCUGGUAGAAUAUAGUGGUACUCUAGACAGUAUGUUAAAUGAUUUUGCAGAAAAGGAAGAAGCACUGGAAAUCAAAGAUGUCCUUCAAAAAUUUACAAUCGACAUAAUUGUUUCUGUUGCCUUUGGCAUUGAGUCCGACAGCAUGAAAAAUCCACAAUCAGAUUUUACCAAAUAUGCACAAAUGAUAUUUAAAAUGGAUUUAAAAGAAUUCAUAAGAAAUCUGGCGGUAUUUUCUUUGCCUCACAGUCUGCUACAUGCCCUAAAAGUGAUUGUUUGGAACAAAAAAUCCACAGAUUUCUUCAUAAAUGUGAUAAAGAAAAAUAUGGAAUACAGAGAGAAAAACAACAUAAUUAGGAACGAUUUCUUCCAUUUAUUAUUACAGUUAAAGAAUAGAGGUCAAAUUAGCGAUGAUAAAAAAGUAACCAGAGACAAAGAGAGUGCACUUGAAGGCUUAACGUUUAAUGAAUUAGCUGCCCAGGCUUUUGUCUUUUUCAUUGCUGGAUAUGAGACGUCUUCCACAGCUAUGACCUUUACCAUUUUAGAACUGGCUCAGAGACCAGAUUUGCAAAUAAAGAUGAGAGAUGAAAUUAACAGUGUAUUAAAAAAACACGAUAACAAAUUGACCUUUGAUGGCCUAAAGGAAAUGACUUACAUGGAGCAAGUUCUUCAAGAGUCAAUGAGAAAACAUCCACCAGUAGCGUUUAUACCGAGAAAAUGUACGAAAGCUUACACAAUACCUGGAACGGAUAUUACAAUAGACGAAGGGGUUAUGGUUUCCAUUUCUACACUGGGUAUACACAAUGAUCCUGAAAUUUAUCCCGAACCAGAAAAAUUCGAUCCUGAUAGAUUUUCACCAGAAAACCAAUCUACAAGGCAUCCAUUUUCAUGGAUACCAUUCGGGGAAGGUCCAAGAGUUUGCAUUGGUCUAAGAUUCGGAAUGAUGCAGGCUAAAGUAGGACUUGUAACGCUGUUAAGAAAUUACUCUUUUACGUUAAAUGAAAAAACUUCCCUCCCAAUAAAAUAUGACGUAAAAACACUUAAUGUUACAUCAGUAGAUGGAGGAGUCUGGAUAAAUGUAAAAAAAGUAAAUUAAUUUUAUGUGUAUGAAUUUAGUACAUCUAUAUUUGUAUAUUUAAUGAUGUAAAUAAUAUAAUGUAUACGUUAUCGAAGUUCAGAGAGAGGAUAUAUUUUAUAAAACUCUUUAUAAGCUAUGAAUAACAAACUAAAAUUUUUCAGUGACCUACAGGUUACAUUUGCUUACAUAUGCUUAUUAUAUAUUGAAGUAAUACGUCCAGUAUUGAAAAUAUGAAUAUAUGAAAUAAGUUGUGAAAUGCGGAUUAUUUUUCAUCAAUAGAUUCAGACUUUUAUAUUUAGUAUAAAAUUCUGAUUUUUUGAAUGUAGAAAAGAAUUCAAGUAGUUUCGGUAUAUGUGAAUAAU